AUGUCGCACUCUCCUGAGGAGCUCGAGGGAAUCGCCAUUGCAGGGCGAGUCUCUUCAGUUCUCUCUAUUCUAGGGUCUUUCACAAUAAUCGGCGCUUUUUCUCUUUCUCGGCACUUCCGGAGUCCAAUUCAUCGUAUAAUAUUUUUCAAUGCCUUCUAUAAUCUGUUCGACUCUGUCGCUACGAUGAUAUCGACUAGUGGACCUCAAGCUGGAGACACUUCAUCGCUAUGUCAAUUCCAAGGGUUUGCUCUCCAAAUGUUUCCAGUAGCUGACGUGCUCUGGACAUUCGCGAUGGCCUUGGAUACAUAUCUGGUUGUCUUCCAUCACUUCGAUACUCAAUCUUUGCGCAAACUUGAAGUCAAGUAUCUUGGUGCUAUUACUACUCUCUCUUUUAUUCCUGCCUUUGUUUUCCUAUUCAUUCGCGGGCAUGAUAGAGGUCCUAUAUAUGGGGACGAGACUAUCUGGUGCUCAGUAUCUCGUACCUGGAUGAUCCUUCGCAUAAUCUUCUACUAUGCACCCGUGUGGGCGAUCAUAGUCAUAGUCCUGAUACUGUAUUUUCUCAUCGGCAUCGAGAUCACCAGAGUCCGCGACGAGUUCAAAUUGACCGACGAUGAUCACAUUGCACUGACUUCUGGCAAUUCUGCCAGCAGUGUCAAGACAACUAUCGAAGCCAACUCCCAAAGAAACCCUGGCUUCACUCCAGAAUCCAGUAUCCCAAGCGACACAGAACAAAAUACGUUCCGACGUCCACCUACAGCAAACAAAGUCAACUCAAACUAUCAAACUCCACAACAGAGACGUGUCUCGCUGAGACAAUACGUUAUCAUGCCAUCGCUUUUCUUCCUUGCUAUGUUAGCAACGUGGAUUGCGCCAACCAUAAACCGUAUCUCGGAAUUCGUGCAUCAUGAACAUGGGACUUACUCGCUUCUCCUCUCUGUAAGUACGUUGGGGUCCCUUCGUGGGUUUUGGAAUGGUGUUAUCUUCAUCACCAUCGGCAUGAAAGGUUGGAAGAGGCGGGCUUCGGAGAGGAGGAUGGCUCUGAGACAGGUUAGAUUGUCCUAUUCAUGGUGA